AUGGGAGAUGUUCAGUCGUCGGCGCAGCCGCGGGCGAAGGGUGUGCGGUAUGACGUACCUGUUCUUCGCAAACAACAAGACCAAGAUAGCUAUGACCUUGAGAUCCUACUAUUAGCAUGGACGCUUCUUCUGUAUCGUCAUAGCCACGGGAAUCAUGUUGAGUUCUCGUGGGGUUUGAGCGAAAUUGGCUCUUCAACGUGUCGCACAUUCACCCUCAACACAUCGAAGCUGCAAUGGGAUGGUAGCGACUCUGUCGCAUCGGAGCUGAAGGUCUUCCGAAACUACCUACAACAGGAAUUACAGUCAGAACAGCCUUUUGAGACGAAAGGAUACAAGUUCUUCUUCAAUGAUGAGGCUGCGACAGGCGAGGUCGUUACCAACGUGACCGAUGAGGGCGAGUUGUCAGUGAACUGGGGAAACGUCCAGAUUGAAGCGACACUAGAAGACGACGUUCUAUGGCUCCGACCGACAUGGCGCGAGCCUCUCGGCGCAGAGUUCCUCGCCAACCACUUUGCCCAAGCCCUCGUAGAAGUUCUCAACACAACACUCACUGAUUCGACCGCAACAAUUAGCUCUGUCCUACCACUAGGCGAGCUCGACAAGUCUGUGAUAUGGAACUGGAACAAAGACCUUCCUCCACCAGUGCCCAUGUGCAUUCACACCUUGAUCGCUGAGCAAGUGAGGUGGCGCCCUGAUGCGCCAGCGAUUUGCUCAUGGGAUGGCGACUUCACAUACGCAGAUGUUGACAGACUAUCAACACUGCUUGCGCAACAUCUCAUUGAUCUCGGAGUCAAAGUCGGCGAUAUUGUACCGCUAUGCUUCGAGAAGUCAAGAUGGACGACCGUCGCUGUCAUGGGUAUCAUCAAAGCCGGCGCAGCUUUCUCUCUCCACGAUCCCAGCCAACCCAUGCAGCGACGACAAGUUAUGGCUCAACAAGUCAACGCGACACACAUUCUCACCUCUCGAGACCAAGCGAAAUACGGCCCCGAAAUCGCGCCCGACGCGAAGCAUGUCAUUGUCGACACUGCGACUCUCGACUCUUUGGCCAAGACGAUCCAAGAUCCUCUCCGAAAACUCCCCGACGUACCGCCCGAUUCUCUCCUCUAUAUCAUCUUUACUUCCGGAAGUACAGGUACGCCAAAGGGAGUUAUGCUCUCGCACGAAACAUAUACUGCUAGCGCUCUUGCGCGAAGCACGGGAAUUGGGUACUCGAGUACUUCACGAUCGCUCGAUUUUACAUCAUAUGCUUUCGAUGUCAGUGUCGAUAGUAUACUUUGCACGCUCAUUCGUGGUGGAUGUCUUUGCAUUCCAACUGAUCAAGACCGCGUGAACGAUCUCAGCGGUGCGAUCCGCCGUUUGAGGGUGAACAUGGUCAACAUCACACCGUCAGUCGCACGCAUCUUGGAUCCUGAUAUUAUCCCAUCGCUGAACAGUCUUGGUAUCGGUGGCGAGUCUUGUUCAGCUGGAGAUAUUGCGAUCUGGGGCCAACAUACUCGAAUUGUCGUUGGCUAUGGCCCUGCUGAGUGCACAAUUGGAUGUACUGUCAAUCCCAGCGCAGCAGGCAAGCCGUACGUCAGUAUUGGUCCAGGCACGGGUGCUUGCAUCUGGCUCGUUGAUCCCGACGAUCACAACAAGCUUGUUCCUGUGGGUGCUGUCGGCGAAUUGCUCGUCGAGGGACCAAUUGUUGGUCAAGGAUACCUUGGUGAUGCGGAGAAGACAAACGCGGUCUUCAUCCAUGACCCCGACUUCCUCCUCGCUGGCGCUGGUGGAAUUCCCGGUCGCCAUGGGCGUCUGUACAAGACAGGUGACUUGGUCCGAUAUGAUCCAGACGGCGAAAAAGGCUUCGUCUUCGUCGGUCGCAAGGACACUCAGAUCAAGCUUCGUGGCCAGCGUGUAGAGCUAGGAGAGAUCGAGCACCACAUCAAGAACCUUCUCCCUGCGGGCGCUGAAGUCGUCGCUGAGAUCAUCGCACCGCGAAACCAGAAUAAGGAGUCUAUGCUGGUAGCGUUCAUCGCUGAUCGUGAAGCCAAGGACGAUGGUGAUGCUCGGCAAAUUGACUUCCCACCUCGUCUGCGCGACUCACUCGAGACGCUCAAUGAGAGACUCUCGAAGGUAGUUCCAGUAUACAUGGUACCUGCGACGUACAUUACCCUCUCCAAGAUUCCCUACCUUGUAUCUGGCAAGACCGAUCGCAAGUCUCUUCGCGCUCUCGGUGCUGAGAUCUCUGCAAACCUUCAGGCCUCAGCAGCCGCAAAUGAGUCCUCCGAGAUCCGGGAGCCAGAGUCCGAGGCUGAGCUCUUCCUGCGCGACUCGUGGUGUCGCCUGCUUGGACUCGAGACGAAGCAAGUCAGCACUACCCACAACUUCUUCACAUCUGGCGGAGACUCCGUUCUUGCGAUGAAGCUCGUGCCAGUCAUCCGAGACUGGGGAUACACGCUUUCUGUCGCUGAUAUCUUCAAUUACCCUGUUCUCGCCGAUAUGGCGAAGUCGAUGCAAAAGGGUGAUAAGAGCAAGGGUGUUGAUAUGCAGAUUCCUGAGUUCUCUCUGCUGAAGGAUAACAUGGACCGCGAUGCCCUGCGCGCUGAGGCUGCUGAGAAAUCGGGAUGCGACGUCAGUGCGAUUGAGGACAUUUACCCUUGUGCGCCUAUGCAGGAGAUUCACAUGGCGUUCUACACGCGAUCGAAGGAGAACUAUGUCGCGCAACGAAUCGCAGAUAUCCCCGCCUCGAGUUCUGUCGACAAGCUCAAGUCCGCUUGGGAUGUUGUGUACAAGGAGAGCCCCAUCCUUCGCACCCGCAUUGUUGAGUUCAAGCAGCAUGGCUUCAUGCAAGUUGUCGUCAACGAAUCGCUUCAAUGGAAGGAGGUUGAGUCUUCACUGGAGGAGUUCCUUGAGGAAGACAAGAAAGAGCCAAUGUCGCCUGGCGCACCGCUCUCUCGCUUCGCCAUCGUCACCGACAAGGCUCUCGACAAGCGAUACUUUGUCUGGACGGCCCACCACGCCAUCUAUGACGGAUGGUCUACAGAUCUCAUCGUCGAGCAUGCCCGCGCUGCGUACAAGGGUGAAGAAGUAUCGCGCCCUGCUCAAUUCAAGCACUUCAUUCGCUAUCUUGCUGAAGACUCACGCGAGUCGUCCAAGGACUACUGGAAGACUCAACUUGCUGGCGCCACAGGACCUCAAUUCCCAACCCUUCCAUCGCGCUCUUACAUCCCCGACCCUACCUCUCUGACUGAGCGAUUCAUCAAGCUUGACAAGGCUACCAAGUCCGACAUCACUAUCGCCACCGUUAUUCGAGCUGCGUGGGCUCUGCUGGCGUCGCAAUACUCCAUGAGCGACGAUGUUGUUUUCGGCGAGACCUUCAUGGGUCGCACCAUUCCCCUUCCUGGUGCCGAACUCAUCGAGGGUCCCAUUCUCGCGACUGUCCCGGUUCGCAUUCGUCUCGACCGCACAAGCACAGUGCAAGAGUUUCUUCGUGCGGUCCAGGAACAGAGUGUCGCUCGCUCUGCACAUGAACAUCUGGGUAUCCAGCAUAUUCGCCGAUUGAGUGAAGAUGCUCAAAUUGCUUGUGAAGUCACUAUGGGUCUUGUCGUCCAGCCCCAAGACCCCGAGCCUUCUGAGACAGAAACCGAUGAGCUACCUUCUUUCCGUGGGGGAGAUGCCGCUCUUGAGGCUCUGCACUUCAACUCAUACCCUCUUAUGUUGGCUGUGUCCCUUCAGAAGACCGGCUUCCGGCUGCUGGCAAGCUUUGACUCGGAGCUUCUCAGCCCCGUUCAAGUUCAGCGCGUGCUGUCGCAGUUCGAAGUUGCCAUCAACCAGCUUCGUGGCGACGUGUCGCGGUCACUGAGCGAUGUCACAUGCCUCGGCGAAGAAGAGUUAGGAGAGAUCUGGGAAGCCAACAAGCAGGCACCUGUCUCUCCCAAGGACAUCUCGCGAUUCCUGUCCAGCGGCGACAAAUACCCCACGGUCCAAUAUGUUCCUUGGGUCGUCCAGCCUGGUAAUGAGAAGCUUCUCAUGCCACUUGGAAGCACUGGAGAGCUCCUGCUUGAAUGUGCUUCAGUGCGCGACGAUGCCGAUGUGGUUGAUGCUCCUGAAUGGUUGAAGGAGGGUGCGCUUGGCUACCCUGGCCGACAAAGCAAGCUCUUCCGCACCGGAGACCUCGUCAAAUACACUGAUGAUCUGAGCUUGGUGUUCGUCGGUCGCAAGGAUGACAUGGCUAGUGUUGACGGUCGCGUCGUGGAUCUCAAUGCUACGAACCUUGAGCUCAAGCGCCUGCUUCCUGGUACCGCUGAAUCUGUGAGCCGACUUGUUGUUCCCAAGGGUUCAAGCAGCCAGACUCCCGUGGUUGUCGCAUUUGUCAAAGAUAAAGCGGCGAUGGAUGUUCAAUUGCUCAAGCUCGGCGUCGAUGCUAGAGAUGCAUCGCUUCCUUUGGCCGAAGAAGUCUCCGUUGAACUCGCUGCAGCAAUUAUCGGCCUCAACAAAGCAAUGGUUGAGACUCUCCCACCUUAUGCCAUUCCCUCGAUCUGUAUUCCCCUCACCAGCAACGUAGACAUCAAUUCCAUUGAGACUCUUGCUUCGGAGGUUUCUUUGUCACUGAUCGUCGAACUCCGCAAGUCCUUCGCAUCUCUCAAGAAGACAAUUGCCGACACUACGGUCUUGACCACAAAGGAGCGCGUGCUUCGCGCUUCAUGGUCCAAGUUCCUUGGCAUUGAGGAGGAGAAGUUGUCUCUCGAUGAUAACUUCUUCCGUCUUGGUGGUGAUUCCAUCGUCGCCAUGCGUAUGGUCUCUGCUCUGCGACAGGAUGGUUACCGUUUGUCUGUCGCAAGCAUUUUCCAGAACAUGCAGCUUCGGGGCAUGGCCAACUCGUUGGUCGAAAACUUACCCGAGGCCAGCGAGAGCACGAAGAAAUACGCCCCCUUCUCGCUAUUGAGUAUCAAGGAUGUCGAUGGCUUCCUCGCCCAGGCCAUCCAGCCUCAAUUGGCCGACUCGACCUGGAAGAUUCAGGACGUCCUCCCCACCACUGGACCCCAGAGUGGCGAUGUGAAGCAAACAGUGUCUGCCCCACGAAGCUCACUUCAGUACAAUAUGCUCUACCUGGACCAGUCAAUUGACACGGCCCGUCUUGUCGACAGCUUCCAGUACCUCGUGUCGCAGCACGCUAUUCUUCGAACUGUGUUUGUUCAACAUGAGGGACAAAGCCUCCAAGUUGUCCUCAGUGACAUGACGGUGCCUGUCACGGAGCAGAGCGUUGAGGGCUCAAUUGACGAUGCUGCCAAGCAGAUCGCACAGUCGGAUGCCAACAACAGCACUGAUCUCGCUUUCGGCGCUUCUUUCAUUCGCCUUUUCGUUCUUCGAGGCGAGACUGAGAAUGCUUUCAUGAUCCGUAUCUCGCACGCGCAAUACGACGGUGUGUCCCUGCCAGAACUUCUGCGCCAGCUUGAGCUUCGCUACCGGGGCCUGGAGAUCCCCGCGUCGGAGCCUUUCGAGACCUUCAUCCAGCACCUCUCAACCGCUAAAUCUCAGAACGUAGGCUUCUGGCGCAAGACUCUUAAGGGAUCAACAUAUACUGAGAUCGCUCCUGCUGCGGAGCCUCAGCAGAAGACUGCAUUCAUGACCAAGGAUGUUGACAUCUCUGGAGCCUCACCUGACACAACACACGCGAUGCUUCUCACUGCUGGCUGGGCCAAGGUACUGUCGCAGCACCUCAAUGUCUCCGAUGUCACAUUCGGUGGUAUUGUCUCCGGUCGCGACGUCGAUGUCGCUGGUAUUGACACCAUCAUGGGUCCUUGCUACCAGUACCAGCCCGUCCGCGUCAAGUUUGAGCAAAACUGGACAGCUUCACAGCUCCUGGACUACGUGCGCAGUCAAUCCGUUGAGGGCAGCCAACACGCUACGCUCAGCUUCCAGGAAGUGCUCAAGGAGUGUACAGACUGGCCUGCAGAGACUCCCUUCUACGGCUCUUUUACCAACCAUCUCAACAAGGAGUUCUUCGACUCGAUUCCUUUCGCUGGAACAAAGUGUCGCGUGGAUUACUCCAUUCCUCACCCCGAACCUGCUACACCGCCUCGUAUUGUAUCAUUUGUUGAAAACGGUAGAACUCAGAUUGGUAUUGAGGCUGACGAGGAGCGUCGGGAUUUCUGGGAGGCAAGGGUGGAGGAGCUGGCGCGUGUCAUUGAGGGGUUUGUCAAAAACCCUAACGUUUUGAUCUAG